UCUCCAAAUCAUGGGGCCACUUUUGGCCUCGUUCAGCUAACUGCCCCUUCACCAAUCAUAUCUCAAGAUGUAUCUAAAACUUUCUCUACAAUUUUUCCGAAUGCCGACUAUAUCGGAAGUGGCAAAGAUCCCUCGUCAGUAUUGUCAAAGGACAUCGCUAGUGCUGUUCCUCGACGCCGACAUUCACGUACUGAAAUGUCUAGCACUGGGAAUAUGCUAUGUGGGCUUAAAGUUUCUUCCGUUUCUCACGAUCCAGAAUGGAAGGACCCCGCUGUGCAGGUCUAUGUCAAGCUGGUCACACUCGCCAAUUAUCCAUUGUAAUAGUAAAUCUGCACUUUUCUAG